AUGAUGCAGCUGACGACACUGGUUGCAGGUGCGCAUGAGAUGCCAUCCCAUGCAUCACGCAGAAAAGAGCGUGGUUUGGUGAGUCAUCCCUGUCCGGUCUGUCAGUUGUGGCCCUGGUGAUCCAGACGUCGACUGUCGGUGCAGCGGAGGUGGCCUUCGUCGCUGUCCAUGGGCCGCCACUCAUGCGCACCCGAGCACAGCACCGCCUUGCGGGUCCGGCUGUGAGGAGGAGCCAGCCCAUGCGUCAGGGGCCCGUCAUGAUAACAAGCGACAACUUCAUCGACAGGGCGUUCAGGCUCGCCCGCAGUGUGAUAGGUGGCACCGACAGACUCUGCCUGCCGUUGCGCUUUGAGUUAACGUUGUCCCCCCCUGUGAUAGGUGGCAUUCUCCUACGCAUCGAGGACCCAGAAAAGCUCAUCGAACAGGCCGUCACAGGUAGUCACAGGCACACGCAGUCCGUGGCGGAUGCAUCAGGGUGACUGACCGCCGUGUGUGGUGUGUCCAUCCAUCGUCAGACAUGCAGAGUGACCUCGGCCGCAUCAAGCAGAGUUAUGCGGAGGUGACGUCGACCCAGCGGCGUGGCGAGCGGCAGCGGGAGGCUUUACUGGAGCAGGUGCAGGAGUGGGAGAGGCGAGCACAGCUCGCCGUCAGCAAGGUGGGUGCGUGUGGCUGCGCUUAUGUACGCAUCGAUGUGCACACGCUAAUCGUGUGUGUGUGUGUGUCUGGAUGGCGCAGGGCCGUGAUGACAUGGCGAGGGAAGCACUGCAGCGCCGCGUUGUGUUGACGACAAAAGUGCAGGGUCUUGACGAGCAACUCCGAGUGAGUGAUCAACGCCGAUUUCUCACACAACAAACCACACUUUCCUUCCCGCGUCUUCUUUGCAGAUCCAGAAGGAGGCGUUGUUGCAGCUUCGCUCUUCGAUGAGGACGCUGGAGGGCAAGAUUCUGGAGGCCCGCAGCAAGAAGGAGCAGCUCAUCGCCCGCGCCCGCACCGCCAAGACGGCUCAGCAGAUCCAGGAUAUGCUGGGCGGCCUGGGUGCAGUUCCCACAUCCCUGCAGGCGUUCGAGAGGAUGCGAGAGCGCGUUGAGGCCCUCGAGGCCAAAGUGGAGGUAUGCAUGAUCGCUGACUAACCUUAGCGUGCUUACCAUACGAGAGUGUCUUUGUCUGUGCGUGCGUGUGUGUGUGUGUGUGCAGGUGAGUCGUCAGAUGAGUGAGAAUGCGGGCAGCCUCGAGGAGCAGUUCCUGUCGCUGGAGUUUGGGGGUGAGGUUGAGGAGGAGCUCUUGCGGCUUAAGCAGCAGCAGGGCAUCAUCGACACUACUCCCCAGGAGCGACAGAUACCCAUCCAACCGGUCGGUGUGCGGACGGACAGAGGCACGAAAGAGGGUCGGAUCCUUCUGCGCGCAGCUCGAACAAACAUUGUUUCUGUCAUGUGUGUGUGACGCAUGUCAUUUCAGCUUCGCUUCUCGUCACCCGAGACAGUGGAGAGAGAACUGAUUGAGUUGAAGCGCGCCAAGCCGCCUGCUGCUGAAGAGGAGCGAGCUCCCACCAGAUACACGUCGUGA